CAGCAUGGACGCCUAAAAGUGAAGUCAUCAGUGGAAAUAGAAAAAGAAAAAAGUAAUGAAAAAAGAAAGAAGUUGAUGUAUUAUAAGAAAAUUAUUUCCGAUAUUCAAAAUAUGGAUUUGAAUUUAGAAUAUUUAGAUGAACUUCUUAAGCUAACAUCGGAAGUUUUAAGAAUGAACCCUGAUUAUUAUACUUUUUGGAAUAUCAGAAAAAAAUUAUUUCAAAAACUAAAAGCUGAAAGUAAAACAGAAUGUGAAGCAUUGAUGAUUAAAGAAUUAAACUUUUUAAACGAAUGUCUCAAACUGAAUCCAAAGUCGUACAGCGUGUGGCAUCACAGGUGCUUCAUAACAGAGUUUAUGGAUCGUGCAGACUGGCCGUUAGAAUUGGAACUCACUUCUAAGUUUCUUGAAUGUGAUAAUAGAAAUUUUCAUUGUUGGGAUUACAGGAGAUUUGUUUUCAGCAAAUGUACCACAUCCCCUGAAUCAGAAUUGUUAUUUUCGACCAAAAAAAUAUCCAUGGACUUCUCUAACUUUUCAUCAUGGCACUACAGAAGCAAGCUCAUCUCCCAAAUCCAUCCCAACUUGUUUGUUGACCACAUGGAUGUCAUCAGCCGAGAAUACAGUUUAGUGGAGAAUGCAAUAUUCACUGAUCCGUCUGAUCAAAGUGGCUGGUUCUACCUUAAAUGGCUUAUAGAUAAAAGUAGGUCUCUAAUUUUUUCAUCAUGUCCCAACAUGCUGUAA